GCUACGAUCAUUAGUAAAAAAAACUGAAGAGUAUAAAUAAAUACAAUUAAAAAUGUUCAAUAACAAAGUGGUUAUUGUGACAGGAGCAAGCUCAGGAAUAGGAGCAGCAGUGGCAUACUUAUUUGCCAAAGAAGGUGCCAAUGUAGCAAUAGUUGCCAGAAAUAUUGCUAAAUUGACCGAAAUUGGCAAGAAGAUUGAAGAAACAGGCAAGAAAGCACUUAUCAUUCAAGCUGAUAUAUCAAACGAUGAAGAAGCUGAAACAGUUAUCUCAAAAACUAUUAACAAUUUUGGAAAACUGGAUAUACUUAUUAACAAUGCUGGUAUAAGUUCACAAGGAUCUAUAAUGGAUGGAAAAAUAGUCGAAGCGUACGAUGAAGUUAUGAAGACUAAUGUACGAGCUGUGAUUAAUCUUACAAAAUUAGCUGCUCCAUAUCUAGCUAAAACUAAAGGUAAUAUAAUAAAUGUCUCAAGUGCUGCUGCUUUCAGACCAAGCAAGGAACCAAGUAGCUCACCAUAUUAUAUAUCUAAAGCAGCUUUAGACCAUUUUUCACGAUGUGCAGCUUUAGAACUAUCUUCAGAAGGAAUAAGAGUGAAUACAGUCAACCCUGGACCUGUAGACAACGACUUUUUCACAAACAACGGAGGAGAAAUGAGUGAUAAAAGUGAACAUAAGAAAAUUAUGGAAGAUUUUACAGCGCUCGGUUAUCUUUCUACGAAUGAAGAUAUUGGAGAAGUGAUAAUGUUUUUGGCUGGUGAUAAAGCUAGGAGUGUUACUGGAUCUAGCUAUUCGAUUGAUAGUGGUAUUCUUUUAAAGUAUUAAACACAAAAUAGUAAUGCAAAUUUCUUGUGGAGUAAAUACUUAAUAUCAGUAGAUAGAACUAGUACUAAAUUACAGUUUUGU